AUGUUGUACACAGCCUACGAAUCAAAUACUGACAUCCUGUCACUUCGCCGGCCCCACGGUACAGUUGUAUCGUGGCUGCAGGAGCUUGAAUCCGACGACAAGAGUUGGCUGCGCGGGUCAAUAUCACGACCUUCCUUGAUGUUGGGUGGUACAGGGAUGACCACCCCUUCGUCUGGGAAGACUUUAAAGGAGGCCAAGGAGCACGAUCAUCUUCACGAUGUGCCCGUGGAUGGAUAUCCCAGCGGAAUAGCGCUCGCCGCUCUCAUUUCAGCGCUUGUGUUGGCUAUUUUCAUGUUGGCGUUGGAAAUGACAGUGGUAGCGGCUGCCAUCCCCAAAAUCACGGAUGAGUUCCAGGGUUUAGAGCUUGUCUCGUGGUAUGGCUCAGCCUUCUUCUCAUGCGUAGCAGUUUUCAAGGGCGUAUGGGGUAAGUCGCUUCGGUACUUCCAGCUCAAGCCGACGUUCUUGUUUGGAGUGUCCAUAUUUUUAGUCGGGUGUCUCAUCUGCGCUGUGGCACCCAACCCGCAAACCCUCAUCGCCGGCCGCGCUCUAUCCGGAGUAGGCGGCGCAUGCAUAGGAACCGGCGUCUUUACUAUGAUCGGCCUCGCUGCUCCUCCCCGCGAACGAGCUAAAUACACCGGCCUCAUCGGCGCCACCUACGGCUUAGCCAGCGUAGUGGGUCCCCUCAUUGGGGGCGCCUUCGCUGAGAAUGUCUCAUGGCGUUGGGUCUUCUGGAUCAACCUGCCCCUGGGCGGACUCGUCAUGACUGUUAUCUGCUUCGUCGAGAUCCCCGGGACCGCGGCGCCGCUUCCCGCCGGGUGGAAGGAGAUCGUACUGGGUUUGGACUUGGUAGGGGCAAUGGUGCUGAUGGCGUCCGUGACGCUCUUCCAAUUGGUCAUGGAGUGGGCCGGAUUGUCUAUGAGCUGGGACUCAUCGACGGUCAUUGGGCUGCUGAUCACCUGUGGAGUGUUGUUGCUAAUUUUUGGAGCGCUGGAGUGGGCGCAAGGCGAACAGGCGAUGGUUGUUCCCCGAUUGAUAUCGCAGCGCGAUAUUUUUAUCCAAUCUCUGGUGACUUUUUUCUUUUCGGGGGUGUUUUACUCACUUGUAUACUACCUACCCAUGUAUUUUCAGUCGGUUUCAGGUGUUGGUGCCGUUGAGUCGGGGUUGAGGACAUUACCACUGAUUUUGUCGCUCACGGUGACUACAAUUCUCAGCGGGGGUUUCGUAGCCAAGACGGGCUUUGCGCUCCAAACCCUACUACUUGGUACCGCUAUCACAACUGUUGGAUGUGGUUUGAUGACCACGUUGGAUGAAACCAGCAGUGCCGGGGCUUGGAUUGGAUACCAAGUCCUGGCUGGCACUGGCGCAGGGUUGGCUUUCCAGAUGCCGACUGUUAUAUCGACAGCUGCGACCAAGCCCGAAGACCUGGCUGUCGUUAACAGCAUCGUGCUUAUGUUCCAAACAGGCGGUGGCUCUCUCUUUAUCAUUGCCUCGCAAUCGGCUUUUGUCAACACGAUCAUCAAAACCGUGGCUUGGUCUGCUCCCGGCCUUCCCCCAGGACAGGUCAUUACGACAGGCGCCACCCAGAUUCGCCAAGUUUUCACUUCCGAUCAAGUGUCAGGGGUCGUCGGUGCAUAUACGGCGGGAUUGAAGACAGUGUUUCUUCUCGCCACAGUAGGGUCGGCAUGUGCAACACUCUUGAGCCUGCUAACCAGAUGGCAACGAGUGAGUGAUGGCGAGGCGGCUGCGGAUAGAGAAUGUUGCGACAGUGGUGAGGAUCUCAAUUAAUCGUCGGUGGUACUACGGCAUCAACAACAAGACAUAUUUAUUAUAUCGAUGCUAUCAUCGACGCUAUCAAAACAGGAAGAUUCUCACCAAGCGCUGAAGAUUCGGAAUUUUUGAUUUGUAUGAUAC